AUGAAUUCCACUGAAUUCUCUUUUGGGAUGGUGAUUCUCUUGCAAUUCGGCCUUGGGCUAUUGGUGAACGUCUUCCUCCUCCUGUUCUAUAUCCGUGUGGUCUCCAUCAGCCACAAGCCCAGCCACUCUGACCUGAUCCUGGCCCAGCUGGCCUUGGCUAAUACCAUCAUCCUCCUCACCAGUGGAGUCUUAGAGACCUUAUCAGCUUGGGGGCUAAAAAAUUUUCUGGACGAUGUUGGCUGUAAAAUACUCAUGUACCUCUACCGAGUAGCCCGGGGUCUUGCCAUUUGCACCACCUGCCUCCUGAGCAUGUUCCAGGCUGUCACCAUCAGUCCCAGCACCUUCCGUUGGGCAGGAAUCAAAGCCAAAUUGCCCAAGUGCAUCCUCCCCUCCUGUGCCCUCUCCUGGGUCAUCAAUCUGCUCAUAGAAUUGAAUGCACCGAUAUACAUGAGAAGCCCCCAGAACAACAGUGGCAAUGUUCAAACCAUAUUGGAUCUCAAAUACUGCAUCAAAGUCAUCGAAAGUGCAGAAACCAACUUCGCCAUUACAGUCAUGCUCUCUUUUCGGGAUCUGUUCUUCGUGGGGCUCAUGAGCGCGGCCAGCAGCUACAUGGUGUUUGUCCUGUACAGACACCACCAGCAGGUCCAGCACCUCCACGAGCCCGGACACUUCCCCAGGGUGAUGCCUGAAGUCAGAGCAGCCAAGAGAGUCAUCGCUCUGGUCUCCCUCUACGUCCUUCUAUAUGGAAGGCAGACCAUCAUGCUGAGCAUUUUAGUCAACAUGAAAGAAAAGUCACCUCUGCUCGUGAAGAGCCACCUGGUAUUUCAACUCACCUUCUCCACCGUCAGUUCAUUCUUGAUCAUUCACAGUGACAGAAGAAUAAGGACAUUCUGGACAAGGCAAUCAACUGCCCCCAACCCAGAUCCCUCUUAG